AACAAACACUCGCUAUUGUUGUUCUUUGUCAUUGUGGCCAUUCACUCGCAUUCUUUGUUGUCUAAAAGCAUCAGUUGUCUGCCUUUCUUCAUUCCGGUCUACCUACAAUCCAUUCAUAACUUUCUUAAUUACUAUCUGACAGAUCUUCUUAAAAGCUUCAUUUGAUGCUCAAGCUACGACUAUAAACAAUGGACGCCGCGGCUCAGAAACCCUCCCAGCUCCAGGUCCCGCCCGUACCGAAAUUCCCGUUCUCCUCGCCUAUCUCAGAAGAAAUCUCCAGUCCGUCAGGUUCAUCAGAUGGUCGGGACUCGGACCGUGAUAACGAGGCCGGGUUACGACCAGGUCCGGGUCAUAAUCCCUUGCUACCGGAGGGGAGUGACAGCGGACAGCAGACCCUAGCGACGUCCGGUCUGCGGGGAAUCAUGAAGAGGAACACCGAAAGGCCUGUCGGGUUGAAUCUGGUGACGAAUUUUGGAGCGACGACGUCGGCGUCAAACGCAAAUACGGUGGCGCCCCCGCCGACCUUUGUCGAUCUGAACGAUCUCAAAGAACUGUCAAAAACGCGGGAAAAGGAGCGCACAAUGCAGCGAAUGAAGAGUGUGUUUAGGAAAAAGGCCACGCAGGGGUCUCGCGGAGUACCUGAUGAGACAGGAGGAGGAGACAAUCGAAAGCGUACUUCAUACAGUGAAGUUCUGCAAAACCGUCUUUCCCCCGGUCAGGGGAGGCCGGGGGACGAGCUGUCGCCUUCCGACAGGUUCGUCGUCAUUGGCAUCUCCGUCGAUACCAAGUCUAGGGAUGAUUACAAGACGACUAGAGAGCUGGAGAGUGCGGGCAGUCAAGGAACCCCCGUGACGCCGUCGAUUGUCAUCACCCCGGCUCGUAACGAUCCACUGUGGAGGGACAACAAUAAUGCCUAUAGCGGGGACCUCCGUGGUCCUCGGGUUGCCAGCAGCGUGUAUUCACAGCCCACGCCUUACCUGGGGACAGCAGAAUCCGAAGCUCCGCCUGUGCCUGCCAUCCCUGCAUUUCACUUCAUGCCAAAGAAUAAGAACCGCCAAUCUAUCGCUUCGUUAACGAGAAAGCAGCGUGCGUUUUCGACGGGGACGGUCUUCGAGGAGGAUUUCAGUCCGUUGUCGGCAAGGCGAUCGCGCUCCUACUCGAACGACAGCAACAUCAAGAACCUUGACAACCUGAGCGUCAAUCUUCCAGAGGCGGAUGGGCACCUGUCUCAAGGAUGGUGGAACUACCAUUUGCUUUCGCCAUUGCUCAGUCGGUCAGACACCAGGGCCAGCGGGAUGACUGUUCCAAGUCCUAAACGGGCUACCAUUCCCCCUUCAGUCACUACAGAUACGACGGGGGCAACCGAUAAUUGGUGGGAUAGAGAGAUAUCUGCGUUUUCUCCUGAUACUCCGGAAACGGCAAUUGAGAGGAGGAAAAGCCUUGCCUGGCAGAAUGCUGAAGCGCCCGCGGUACCUCCCAUAAUGCCGUUCAUGUUUCCUGGAAAUGCCAUCGAGGGCUCCGCCGCAGAGUACUAUCAGGCAUGUGCGCACGAGCUGUUCAGUGGGAAACCCUACUUCGAGUGUGUCAAUCAUGUCUGCUCGAUUACUCCCGCAGAGAAGAUCGCCGCUUUGCUUGAAGCUUCGUCUGCAGGCGAAAGAGGCAUCGCUCGCUCUGAAACAGGUGCACCGAAACUGACAACAGAGGUACCGCAAAGUCCUCUUUUGGAUUUCGAUUCCUGCAGCGACAGUGGCUCAAGCAAUUGUUCGAUUAUCGAAGACGCCGAAGAAGAUGCCGCUGAGGAGGAGGAAAAACCCCAAGAGAUCUCAAAAGCGAUACCAGAAGAGGAAGAGGAAACUUCCAUUCCGCUUGUUUGCGAAAAGAAAUCCACGAAUCCAUUCGAGCCAGGAUAUUCAAACCCGUUGCCUAAGGAGCCUGCGGUAGAAACACGCCCCCCUGAGCCGACAAACAUCUCCUACGUCAUUCACAACCACUAUGCAGCCCCUGCAGUACCUGAUUCGUAUCCGUUUGCGCAGACAGAAAGAGGGAUAUAUCACUAUACCACCACGAUGGGGGUACCGCCUCAAGCGCCCGACCCGGUCUCGCCGGGAUACCAACAGGUUCUUGAGGGUACAGGGUCAAUACCAUUGAAGGAGAUGCCGGCAGUAGUCGAUCCGAAGGGCCAUGAAAUGGAAUACAACUCUCUGGACGAUCAGCCACACAAUCCGCAUCCAGAAUACCAGCGUGAGCUUCCACAGGUGCCAGUGUCAGACCUGCCUUAUGUGCAACGAGAAAAGGUUGAAACCCGUCGUCGGCGCCUCGAACGGGAGGACGCUGCGGGUAGAAAGUGCGGCGGUUGCUGGCGGGGAAGAGGCCCGAUCAGCAAACGAGGGUGUUUCGGACGACCUGGCCGUGAGGGACGGCUGAGGCGACGAUGGUACAUCGCCAUCGCCCUCUUCUUCCUGGCGAUCGUGGUAGUUGCGGUUGUGCUGGCCACGACGCUGACGCGAAAGAGCGAUGACACUCCCGUGCAGUCGGAAUGGCUGAACCUGACGGGAUACCCGCCGAUGCCGACGGGGAUCAUGACGAUUGCCGGCACGGAGCCGCAGGUGCAGGAUUCCGGGUGCAUUGUGCCGUCGACGUUGUGGCAGUGCGCGCUGCCAAAGGCGCAACAGGCCGCAAAUGAGCCGUACAGCGCAAACGAGCCCAACUUUAGGGUGGAAAUCCGCUUCCGCAACGGGACAUACCCGAACAGUACGACGGUGGCAAGCAAACGCGACGACAGCAGCGACUCGUUUGAUCCGUCGCCCUCGCCGCCGCCGCUCGCCGAACAGCGGUUCUUGGGUAACACCACGGACGGGAACAGCAAGCCGUACGCGGGCGAAGAAACCCCCUUCUACAUCACCUUUCUCUCCACGGACACAGACUCUGACUCUGACUCCUCUACCUCGACGCGCAAGUUGCGCCGCAGCGACUCGUCUUCCACUAUCAACUUCACCUUCCCCACGCCUGCGGAGAACUCGGACGGCACGGCCGCCGCGGCGACGUUAUACCCGCUGCCGGAAUCGCAGCCUGUACGGCUGUACAACCGCGGGAAGUCGACCGAACACUACGGCUUCUACAACUACUUUGGACGGUCGAUCUUCCUAGAGUCCAUGUCGCCGUUCGACGCGAACGACACGGACACGGUCGCGAACGACCAGGACGGCGGGUGCACCGAGGCCGAGGCCCGCGUGCGAUGUACGUGGUCAGAGACGCGGUUUCUGGUCCAGAUCUGGACGCGACCAGGGAGCGCGGGCAUGGAGCUUCUGAGCGGCACAUCAACGACCACGACGACUGCCAGCGCCGCGACAUCCACUGCUUCAUCGUCAGCGACGGAUUUCGACCGUCCCGGAAGCUUCCCGUACCCUGUUUCCAUCACGCUGGACCGUCACGGCGGCGUCAACAGCGAGAAGAUGGUGUACUGCUACGGCAUCGAAACAGACCAGCAUUACAAUCUCACGAUGCGGACGUUGGAGGUAGAAGACCGCAGCUACGGGGGUACGUUGAUCGAUCCGGCGCCCGGGCCAGCCAACGAUUCCGUCACCGUCGCGCCUGACGGGGGGUGGGAUGGAGGGACGGGAGGGUGUAAAUGUCUCUGGACUAAUUGGGAGUCUGUUUCAUAG